AGGCGUGAGGUUCGACUGUGACGAGCUCAGUGGGAGCGAGACGAGUAGUGAUAACCGCAGCACUCCUAGGAUCUUCACGUUCUGUCUUUCGAGGUCCCCCAAGUCGUUCAGUGAUCCCUAUCUGCCCAAAGAGCUUGCAAUGUCUAAAAAAAUCAAUGGAGGCUCUGUUGUUGAGAUGCAAGGAGAUGAAAUGACCCGUGUGAUAUGGGAGCUGAUUAAGGAAAAGCUGAUCUUCCCCUAUGUGGACCUGGAUCUUCACAGCUAUGAUUUGUGCAUAGAAAAUCGUGAUGCAACAGAUGACAUGGUUACAGUGGAAGCUGCCAAAGCCAUAAAGAAGUACAACGUAGGAAUCAAGUGUGCCACAAUCACCCCUGAUGAGAAGCGGGUAGAAGAAUUCAAGCUGAAACAGAUGUGGAAAUCACCUAAUGGAACCAUUCGAAACAUUUUGGGGGGCACUGUCUUCAGGGAAGCCAUUAUCUGCAAAAACAUCCCCCGACUAGUAUCUGGAUGGAAGAAACCCAUCAUUAUUGGCCGUCAUGCUUAUGGUGACCAAUACAGAGCUACAGAUUUUGUGGUUCCUGGCCCUGGAAAGGUAGAGAUGACCUACACACCAGCGGAUGGAUGCAAACCUGUAACUUAUUUGGUCCAUAAUUUUGAAAGCUGUGGAGGUGUGGCUCUGGGGAUGUAUAACCUGGACCAAUCCAUCAAGGACUUUGCCCACAGUUCUUUCCAGAUGGCAUUGUCUAAAGUGUGGCCCCUCUACAUGAGCACCAAAAACACCAUUUUGAAAAAAUACGAUGGGCGUUUUAAGGACAUUUUUCAAGAAAUCUAUGACAAGGAGUACAAGUCAAAGUUUGAGGCCAAAAACAUUUGGUACGAGCAUCGACUGAUUGAUGACAUGGUGGCUCAAGCCCUAAAGUCCGAGGGAGGGUUUAUCUGGGCGUGCAAGAACUAUGAUGGGGAUGUGCAGUCUGACUCAGUUGCCCAAGGUUAUGGCUCUUUGGGGAUGAUGACAAGUGUCCUGAUAUGCCCAGAUGGCAAAACCGUUGAAGCUGAAGCUGCUCAUGGCACAGUGACUCGUCACUAUCGCCUGCAUCAGAAAGGCCAAGAGACCUCCACUAAUCCCAUAGCAUCCAUCUUUGCCUGGACAAGAGGUCUAGCUCAUAGAGCAAAAUUAGAUGACAAUAAAGAGCUCCAGAAUUUUGCUGCUGCCUUGGAAGAUGUCUGUGUAGAGACAAUAGAAGCUGGUUUCAUGACUAAAGACUUGUCUGCUUGCAUUAAAGGGCUGCCUAACGUGAAGCGCUCUGAUUAUUUGAACACGUUUGAAUUCAUGGAUAAACUUGCUGAAAACUUGAAGACAAAAUUAUCUUCUCAGCCAAGAUUGUAAGAGCUGAACUGAAGUAUUUGCUCGUGAAAGACAACUACCUGAUGAAUGAAUGAUAUACAUUUAUGUGUAUAUAUGGGGUAGCGCUUCAAAAAAAUAAGAAAUCAACCUAAACAUUGUAAUGAUCAAACUCCCUCAUCCCCCAGGUUUCUGUAAUGUUGAGAGGGGGAAACGCACAGGCAAGGGCAGAACUGAUGUCUGUCCCUAUGGAAAAUGGCUUGCUUCUGGUCAGCCAGAACCCCAAGGGGAAUUAAUAUUUGUUGAAGGGGAACAGGCUCUAAACUGUCACUUUUAAGAAUUUUACUUCCUAGCUGUCCAAAGUCCUUCACUGGAUUAUUUAAGUAAUGCAGAAGAUCCUUCUGACAAACCAUUUUAAUAAAAUUGAAAAGCAGAAUCCAGCCUGAUACAAUAGAGGAUUUUAUUUACCGGGGGGUGGGGGGGAGGAAGGGAAAAAUGUUUUACAGGAAGCUUUACUAUGGCAUAGUCUUGUACAUAGUACAGGCAGAAACAAUCCUUCAGUUUCCUUAUAGCUGGUAGCUGACUAUAGGAAAAAUUGUUUUCUGCCUGAACAUGUAAGUUAAGAUGGAGAAUUUCAAACCAACUUGUCACCCAGUUUGUAUCAGCUGUAACAUUGUUUUUUUAAGCAGGCAAGAUACCUAACGGAAAUAAACACUAAUACCCA